CUUUCUCAUAACCUCAUAAACUUAUUCAAACCAUUUCACAACUAUAUCAAACACCUUCAUCAUCAAAUCAAUCAUCAAACACUCUACACACAAAACCUCCUCUAAUUCUUUUGAUCCCUGUUCAUAAUCCUAAGUAAAACCUUCUUAGUUUUGAUUUCCACCAGUUUUUUCUCUUCUGUGUUUUCGCUCUUUUUCCAUCAAAUGGAUCAAGAAAUUGAUGUUCCUUCAUUUUUCAUCUGCCCCAUUUCUCUAGAAAUCAUGAAAGACCCCGUCACAAUUACAACCGGGAUAACCUACGACCGGGAGAGCAUCGAGAAAUGGCUAUUCUUGAGCAAGAACAACACCUGCCCCGUCACCAAACAAGUGGUUUCGGACUCUGACAUCACCCCAAACCAUACUCUCCGCCGGCUGCUCCAAGCUUGGUGCACCAUGAACGCUUCUCACGGCAUCGAGCGGAUCCCUACUCCGAAGCCACCUGUCAGCAAAACCCAGAUCGCCAAGCUCUUCAGAGAAGCCAAAAAGUCUCCACAGUGCUUGUCGAAUUGCCUUAGAGAGAUCCGGUCCAUGGCGUCCCACAGUGAAGCCAACAAGAGAAGCAUCGAAGCUGCCGGCGCAAGCGAGUUCUUGUCUUCCAUGAUCAUCAACAACGUCAAAAACAACAACAAUGUUGAAAGCGAAGAAGCUUUGAGCAUCCUCUACAACCUCAAUCUCAGCGAAGACGCACUCAAAACACUUGUAGGCAAAGAAGGGGAAUUUAUCGAGGCCCUGAUCAAGCUCAUGCAACGUGGAAGCUACGAGUCUCGAGCUUAUGCAGUGAUGUUAUUCAGAUCAAUGUUCGAGGUGGCUGACGACCCCAUGAAGAUGAUAAACAUAAGACCUGAAUUCUUCAUCGAAGUCGUUCAGGUCUUGAAUAAUCAGAUCUCACAGCAGGCCUCAAAAGCCACAUUGCAGCUGCUCAUCAAGCUCUGCCCUUGGGGACGAAACCGAAUCAAGGCAGUCGAAGCCGGGGCGGUUAAUGUCUUGAUCGAGCUUCUCCUUGAUACAUCUGCAGACAGGAGGACCUUGGAAAUGACACUGAUGGUUCUUGACAUGAUAUGCGCCUGCGCAGAAGGCCGUGCAGACCUGCUGAACCACGGGGCAGGCCUCGCGGUAAUUUCGAAGAAGAUAAUGAGAGUUUCGAAGGUGGGGAGCGAGAGGGCUGUGAGGAUUUUGUUCUCCAUUUGCAAGUUCUCGGCGACCCCGAGUGUUUUGCUGGAGAUGAUGCAACUGGGUGUUGUGGCAAAGCUGUGCUUGGUGCUUCAAGUGGACAGUGGGAGCAAGACCAAGGAGAAGGCCAGAGAGAUCUUGAAAUUGCAUGCAAGGACAUGGAAGAACUCUACUUGUAUACCAAGCAGUUUGGUUUCUUCUUAUCCUUCAUAGAGAUUGAGAAAGAAGUGUGGCUUUCUUUAUAUAUUUUCAGUAAUUUUCCAUUUUUGUGUACAUAAUUGGAUGGUUGGUUAUGAUAAAAAUAUAUAUACAGAUUAACGGGCAAGUCCCUUAAAUGUUUGAUCACAUUCGUAUGGAUUU